AAGGCAGUAGAAGGUUCGGCAGUGACGCGGUGGAAGGGCCGUGGCGCCGAGGAGGGUUGGUUGUUGUGGUAACCGGGCAGCGGCUGGAAGGAAGGCUGAGCGUCGUGAGGGGGCUGAACACACUUGUGAUGUCGGACACCGACCCAAAGACGGUGCAGGAUCUGACCGCCGUGGUGAGUGUUACUACAUUGCUUCAACAGAUGCAGGACAAAUUCCAAACAAUGUCUGACCAGAUAAUUGGGAGAAUUGAUGAGAUGAGUGCUCGCAUCGACGAUCUAGAAAAAAACAUUGCUGACCUGAUGACGCAAGCAGGAGUUGAAGAAAUAGAAGCAGGAGAAAAUAAGGCUCCCAAGUAACCCGAAGAGGAAAAUAGAAGGAAUUUUUUUUAAUGUACGCCAAUCCAGGUUGAUUACUUCAAGAAUUCUGCUGUGUUAAAAGUGCAUUUCUUUUAUAUUCAAAGUCAUAGGUGUGUUAACAGCUCUAUUUGAAUAGUCUUUUGUAAGGAAAACACAAAUGUACUGCAUAAAAUUUAUUUGUUGGUAUCUGACUUUCUUGGAUAAUUUUGAUUGAGCUAAUUGAAACUCCAUUUCCUCAUGACCUUUUUUUGCAUUCAAGUAAUUUUGACGGCAUUUUUUUAAGCAUUGGUAGUAGAUCCAGUUUGUAUAUUUAUGGCAUUAUUGCUGUUUUUCUCACUUGGAAUGUUCAGUAAAAGACAUCUUUAAAAGCCCACGUGUGUUUUACCCCUGACAUGAAAAGUCAGUUAGCUGUAAUCCUUCAUAAUGUAAUUGAUGGGCGGCUCCUGUUCCUAAGCAUUUGCAGUCAUAAUCGUUAUUAAUUUGGCGAUGUCAGGAAGGUCUUUUAAUGGCAAUGCCAUAUUCCAUUUGCCAUUUUGUGCUUGUACUAAACGUUUGCAUUGGAGAUUGCUCAAAACGUGAUAAAUGGUGCUUGGGUUAUAUUUAUGGACAUCUAUUUUUGAUUUCCUCAUUAACAAUAACCAUCUUAAUUACAGAUUACUUCUAAGUAGUGGAAAUAUUAUAAGAUAAAGGUGUCCUAAAGAAA